GUCUAUGACAACUGAUUUCUUUUCGCAAGUUUUCGUGCACGGGUCGCGUUAGGUUUUAUAUUGUCGAUAAAUAAUAUUUUAAAAAUAAAAAGUUCUUGUUCAUUACGAAUAUAAUUUCAAUUCUUAUAAGGUAAAAUAAUGGUUGACAAAAUCGAUAUGGCUUUAGACGACAUAAUAAAAGCAAACAGGAAAGGAAGAACUGGAAGCGGAGGAGCUGGAAGAAAAUUUGAUGUAAAAAAGCCUGGACGCGGAGGUGGCGGUGGUGGCGGAUUUCGUAACGGCCGUACUGGUGGUGUGCUUCUACGGGGUCGAAAUCGAGGCGGGGUAUCUAAACCUGCUAAUUACACAAGGGACAACCUAUUUCAGGGUGAUGUGAACAGUACAUGGAAACAUGAUAUGUUCAGUGAAUUCAAUGAUAGGAAGAUACAGAGGAGUGCACCCAUCACUACUGGGCCCACUAAGCUCCUUGUCUCCAAUUUGGACUUUGGAGUUUCAGACUCUGAUAUUCAGGAGCUAUUUUCAGAGUUUGGCAUGUUAAAGAGCGCUGCUCUUCACUAUGACAGAUCUGGAAGAUCAUUAGGCACAGCAGAUGUUCUUUUUGAAAGAAGAGCAGAUGCUUUGAAAGCAAUGAAACAAUACAAUGGAGUACCACUUGAUGGGCGUGCAAUGAACAUUCAGCUAGCCACAUCAGAAAUAAGCACCUUCAGGAAUGAAGAUAGGAGUAGUAGACCUUUUGGAGGGCGUCCAGUCAGAAGAAAUUCAAGUAGAGGUGGAGGUGGGAACAGGCCCCAAGCGGCAGCAGGAGGUGGCCGAGGGGGAGGUGCGCGGCGUGGGGGACGGGGUGGAGCUCCGCGCGGUCGCCGACCCGUUCCAACGGCUGAACAAUUAGAUGCAGAACUUGACGCAUAUGUUAAAGAAAUUAAGUGAUGGGAAGCUUUACUAAACCAAUUUUAGACUAAGAUAUAAUAUUAAUCUUGCUGUGAGGAUAUUAUUUUGGUUCUUGUAACCUAGUAUUGCCAAUACAUUGACAACAUCUGAAGAAUGGCCGAAUUGUUCAAAGAAAAUAUUUUUAAAUAAAAUAAUGAAGUCUUA